ACUCACCUUCUCCAUUCUCCACCAUCACAACUUCAACGAUCCUCUCUCUUAUUCUCUCACACUCUCUCUCUAAGCACUGAACUUCUUUCUACCACGUUCACCAAACAUGGCCCCUGAACUUGUCCCCACCGUCACAAAAUCCACGGCCUCCUUCACCAGCCCCACCACCCUGCCACCACGUGCUUAUGUCACAUUCCUUGCCGGAAACGGUGACUAUGUAAAAGGGGUGGUUGGUCUUGCCAAAGGCUUACGGAAGGUCAAAACCGCCUACCCAUUGGUGGUGGCCUGCCUCCCUGACGUGCCGGAAGACCACCGUAAGAUCCUUAAAUCUCAGGGCUGUAUCGUCCGUGAGAUUGAACCCGUUUACCCACCAGAAAACCAGACCCAGUUCGCUAUGGCUUAUUACGUCAUCAACUAUUCCAAGCUCCGUAUAUGGGAGUUUGUAGAGUACAGUAAGAUGAUAUACUUGGACGGAGACAUUCAAGUAUUUGAGAACAUAGACCACUUGUUUGACCUACCUGACGGUAACUUUUACGCCGUGAUGGACUGUUUCUGUGAGAAGACAUGGAGUCACAGUCCUCAGUACAAGGUAGGGUACUGUCAGCAGUGUCCAGAAAAGGUGCAGUGGCCCACCGAAUUGGGCCAGCCCCCUGCUCUUUACUUCAACGCCGGCAUGUUUGUUUUUGAGCCUAGCAUGACCACUUACCAUGACCUACUGAAAACGUUGAAAGUCACUACUCCCACAUCGUUUGCAGAACAGGACUUCUUGAACAUGUACUUCAAGGACAUUUAUAAGCCAAUUCCUCUGACCUACAACCUUGUUCUCGCGAUGCUGUGGCGUCACCCAGAAAAUGUCAACCUUGAGGAAGUCAAGGUUGUUCACUACUGUGCAGCGGGGUCGAAGCCUUGGAGAUAUACUGGGAAAGAAGAGAAUAUGCAGAGGGAGGACAUAAAGAUGCUGGUGCGUAAAUGGUGGGAUAUCUACAACGAUGCUUCGCUUGAUUACAAGCCAUUAGGGGCAAGUGAAGCUUCAGUGGAUGGUGUUGACAUGGAACCAUUGGAACCAUUGGGACAUCUACCAAAGGUUGUUCAACGUGUUCUUGCUGCACCUUCAGCAGCUUAGGUUGAAAUACAUAUUAUGUUCAUAUCAAAUGGUGACAAAAACAAAGUAAAAAAAUUAUAAAGAUUGCAAAAAGAGAAUGAGAAGGAGUAUAUGAGAGACUUUAAGGUCUAAUUUCUUUCUUUUUCUUUUCCCUGUAGAUGCAGGGAGUGAUCGUGCAUUGCUUUUGAAAGAACCUCGCCACCAUCUUCUAUGUGUAUUUUGUUCUCUAAGAGAUCUUUUUCUUUAAGGUUUUUUUUUUUUUUUAUUUCUUUGAUGUGGCGUUUGUUAAGGUAGGUGGGGUCUGAUCAUAAUUGUCUGGAUCUGGUUUUUGUCCACACGAAUGUGUUAAUUAUGUAUAUUUCUGCAGUCACCGUUUCUAGUAUGGACUUUAUCAUGUCAUUGUAAUAAUUCUAGGGCAAUCCUUAAAGAUGAAGGAAAACUGAUAUGUCCAUUUUUAUGGUCAGAGACCCUUGUUUGUUUCAUGUGAAAUUACAAAGUGUUUUCAAUGUGAUGACCAUUUAGAA